UACACCCUGUACCUUCUUCCUAAAUACCGACAAGAUGCGAGUGGAAUUCUAACUGGAGUAAAAGAAGGCCUCACAUCACACUACGAUCUAAUCAAGAGUAUGGGCCCGACACAAGACAUAUGGGGCUACAAGGAUACAAACAUAGCUCGAAAGGAAACCGAAGACAUGCUAAACAACAACCCCCUGGAACAUAUUUACAGCAAUAAGGAUCCGGCUACAUAUGUGCACUACAAUGAAACCAGAACAACUCCUUUCUUACUCCUAACUUCAAACAGCAUCAGCGAACAUAAACGCCGCAAAAUAAUUGAAGACCCUGGUUCUGGUCACAAACCCGUCAUUGCUAGGAAUGAAUUUCACACAAGUCCCCUCAAUUCCAGCCAACAACCUGACAAACUUUGCAAUGAUAUAACGAAUAUUAUGAUGAGAUGGGUAAAGAAAACUAUUUCCCGAGGCAAGACUGAAAACUAUCGAGUGUUUUGGUCUAGACACCUUGGGGAACUGAAAAGAAACCUGGACGCCCUUCGCAGCACAGCUGUUUCCACUUUAAUAACAGAAACGCACAACCCUGUAGACGACAAUCAGGUGUCCUAA